AUGUCCGAUGGUUAUGGUAGUUCUAAGAAGAGGGAUAAUAUCUGCGAAGAUGUUUGUGGACAGGAGGGUUCUCGAGCAGGGAAGGCCAUGUCAAGGCUAAAAUGUGUACUUCUAAGAGGACUUGAUUUCAAGACGUAUCUAUUUCUCUUCACUCUCUUGCCAAUUGCCAUCUUCGGUAUCUAUUUACACGGUCAAAAGAUCACAUAUUUCUUGAGACCACUAUGGGAAUCACCUCCUAAACCAUUUAACAUCCUUCCGCAUUACUACCACGAGAAUGCUUCCAUGGAAAUGCUCUGCAAUCUUCACGGCUGGAAAAUCCGCGAUUCUCCAAGAAGAGUCUUUGAUGCUGUCUUGUUCAGUAACGAGAUCGAUAUGUUGACUCUCCGUUGGAACGAGUUAAAUCCUUACAUUACGCAGUUUGUGCUUCUGGAAUCCAACUCGACUUUCACUGGUCUGUCAAAGCCGCUGGCUUUCGCGGAUAACCGAGAGGAGAAAUUCAAAUUCGUUGAGCCAAGACUGUCUUAUGGGCACGUAGGAGGAAGAUUCAAGAAAGGCGAAAACCCUUUUGUGGAAGAAUCGUUCCAAAGGCUUGCAUUGGACCAACUGAUCAAACUCGCGGGUAUAAAAGAAGAUGAUCUUUUGAUAAUGUCGGAUGUCGAUGAGAUCCCGAGCGGUCAUACUAUCAAUAUGCUUAGAUGGUGCGACGGAUUCCCACCGAUUCUUCAUCUUCAGCUGAGAAACUACCUCUACUCGUAUGAGUACUAUGUCGAUAUCAAAAGCUGGAGAGCUUCUGUUCAUCUCUACAAGCCUGGGAAAACUCGGUACGCUCAUUUCCGACAAAGCAACAAUCUUUUGACGGAUUCAGGCUGGCAUUGCAGUUUCUGUUUCAGACACAUCAAGGACUUCGUAUUCAAGAUGAAAGCUUAUAGCCAUACUGACCGGGUGAGAUUCUUACAUUAUCUGAACCCCAAACGAAUCCAAGAUGUCAUCUGCAAAGGAACUGAUCUUUUCGAUAUGUUUCCUGAAGAACACACAUUCAGAGAGAUUAUCGGGAAACUAGGUCCGAUUCCUCGGUCUUACUCAGCUGUUCAUCUCCCUGGAUAUCUCAUCCAGAAUGUCGAUAGUUACAAGUACUUAUUACCUGGGAACUGCAAACGAGAAACUGACUGA